AUGGUGCCGGUUCCAUUUGAACAAAGGCACGAGCUCUUUUCUACCACAGCGACCUCAUCGGCUACCACAUCGUCACCCUCUGGAUCCGGCCAGCUAGGCAGCGGUAGUCUUGGGAGAUUGGUCCUGCCUGUGGUUCAUCAAGGUCAGGAUCACAUGCUAAGUCUAAUCAACCCUAUGAAGGAAGAGGAUCUGCGGAGAUAUCUGAGAGGCGAUCUGGAUGUCGACGGUCUGAACAGGGUCCACAAGCAUCUCUGGUUUGCUGGGCUCCCUCAAUGCGCACGACCACUGCACCAUCAGCUUAUGAUCGAUCGGAAGAUAAUCAUCACGGAACGAGCAGACCUGCACCUGCUAUGGCAAGAUGAGCGUCUCUACCUCAAACCCUUGCCAGACUAUCUGCUGAGCUACGAUAUUUGGGAAGGGACCCUACUGAAAGAUUGGUGUCUCUCAGAAAAUGCCAAAGGCUUUCUGUUGUCCUACCUCUGGCUGAUUCGCCAAAAGAGUGAUUUGGUGAUUGCCCAACGCAACAACCUAGUCAGCAACGAUCUUACCUGGGAGCAUUGGAUCUCUUUCAGCACGGCUGUCUUUCCAAACAUCGUAUCUGAUACGUUCCAGGGUAUUAGUCCUCGAUAUCUAUACGGCGAACUUCGUCUCGGACGAGUCAACCUGAUCUACCGUCUUUGCCGUAAUACCAGAAACUUUGAGACGUUCGUUAGGGGUCACUUCUACGGCUAUCAUACCUAUUCAAGCUUUAUAGAACAAAAUUUUGCUUGGGUCCUGACUGUUAUCGUCUACAUCACAAUUGUUCUGACAGCCAUGCAAGUCGGUCUCAGCACGACCGAGCUACAAACCAGUACCUUGUUCAAUCGAGCAUCUUAUGGCUUCACCGUCUUCUCUAUAAUGGCGCCGUUGGGAAUUCUGUUUGGUGUACUUCUUGUGCUUCUGAUGCUCAUCAUCUUCAACCUCAACUAUGCGGUCGAGAAACGGUAUGCCACGCGACAAGGCUUUCCGACCGUUUUCAAUAAUGUGACACUUCGACCUUACAAUCACUAG